AUGAGAAGUAAAUAUAAUAUUCUAAUUUACAAGAAAAAAAAGAAGCACCUAAGAUUGGAUGUAUUGCUCUUUUUUGUUUAUCUUAUAUUUUUGAAUUUAAUUUUACAAAAUAAGAAAUUUGAAGCCCAACGAAAAGAUUAUGAAUAUAUUGAAAUUUUGAAAAAUAAAAAUGUGAAUGAGGAAACAUUUGUUCAUGUAAAAAGAUUUGAACCCACUUCUUCUGAUUUGGGUAGUAUAGGAAAAGAGGACGUUUUAGAAGAAAAUAAUUAUAAUGUUAAAAGUAUUAAUAAUAUUGAACGUAGAAAUGAUAAUAUGAAUGUAGUUAAUAAUGAAGGGGUAUAUAAUAAAUAUAUAAAAGAGAAUGAAGAGAUUAUUGGUGAUAAUGAAAAAAAAGAAAAAAGGGAAAAAACUUUUGAGAAUAAUGAUUUUAAGAAUGAGAAAUCAUUUAAACCUAUAAUAGUAGGAAAAUAUAAUUUAAUAUACAUAUUUUAUAGUAUAGAAUUUAUAUGUUUAUUGUUGUUUAUAUUUUUACAUUUUUUACUUUUUCUUUUAUCACAAUGGAAUAUAAAAAUAAAUUUGUUUAUAUCAUAUAAAUCAUUAUAUAGUAAGAAUAAGGAAAAGUAUUUAUAUAAUUUAAAGAAUUUCUGUACACACGUGUAUAUUGAACCGUGUAUUAUAAAAAGUGAAGAAGGCAUUGGUAUAUAUGAUAAAAAUAGAUAUAAUAUGGAUUGUAACUUUUAUAAACCUAAAUCCGAAUUAAUAGAAUUAAAAAAGGUUGAUAAUGAUAUAUAUUUCUUUUAUAAACAGAAGAAAUAUAUUUUUAAUUAUAAGACAUUUAUAUUUGAAUCACUUAAACAUUUUGAUACUUUCAACUUGUCUUUUUAUAUGAAUUGGAAAGGAUUAUUAGAUUAUCCUAAAGGGGAGGAUAUAAAUAAAAUGGAUAUGUAUAAUAAUAGAAUGAUGAGGGAUAUAAACGAAAGCGUGACAUGUAAUAAUAUAGAGAGUGUAAUAAAGAAAUUAGAUAUUUUAUAUAUAUCACAUAGUGAUAAGAAAGGGAAUUUAAAUAUAGAUGAGAAGGUAGAUGAUGUAAAUUUUAAUCGUAAUGAUUUUAUUGCCAAAGAGAAGAAUGUACAUAAUAUAUAUGAUAUGAAUAAAAAAUAUAUGAUAAAUAUAAAAUAUCGAGGUAAAACAAAUAAAGGAAAUAAUAAUUUUAUAGAUAUAUUAAAGAAUGAUAAUAUGUGUGAAAAGGAUAUUAAGAAGAAUGAUAUAUUUGGAGAUUAUGAUAAGGAUGUAAUGGAUGAUGGGGAUGAUUUACAUGACAAUAAUGUAGAUAGAAAUGUUAUUUAUAGGAAUAAAGAAAGAUUAGAUAAAAUGAGUAAUAAAAAAAAAGUACAUACCAUAGAAAAUAGUAUAGAUAAUGAUGUUAGAAGGAAUGAUCAUGUUAAUAACAAUUCAUAUAAUUUUUAUUAUAAGAAGAGUUCUUUUGAAAUACCAUAUGAUAUAUUUGUACAUAAUAAUGUUGAAAAGUAUGGUGAAAAUAUAUAUGAUAUACCUUGUCCCUGUUUUAAAGAAUUAUUAUACGAAUCUAUGUUGUCUCCCUUUUUUAUAUUUCAAUUUUUUAGUAUAGUAUUAUGGAUGUUAGAUAGUUAUUGGUACUUUGGUAUUUUCUCUAUAUUUAUUUUAAUAAUUUUGGAAUCUCAGCUAAUUAACAAACGUAUACGAGAAUUUAAUAUGAUAAAUGGAAUGAAGGUGGAUCCUCAGGAUGUGUAUGUGUAUCGUAAUUUACGAUGGAAUGUUAUGAAAUCAAAUAAGUUAUUACCUGGUGAUAUAUAUAUAUUAACAAAUGAUAUGACUGCGACAGAUAAUAAUAUAUGUACAUGCGAAACGUUAUUAAUUGAUGGAACCUGUAUAACAGAUGAAUCUAUAUUGACAGGAGAAUCUGUUCCUUUAAUAAAGUCAUGUAUAGAUAAAAGUGUAAUAAAUAAACACAACAACAAUAAUAAUAAUAGUUAUAAUAAUAAUAGUUAUAAUAAUAAUAGUUAUAAUAAUAAUAAUAGUUAUAAUAAUAAUGGUUAUAAUAAUAAUGGUUAUAAUAAUAAUGGUUAUAAUAAUAAUGGUUGUAAUAAUAAUAGUUAUAAUAAUAAUGCUUAUAAUAAUAAUAGUUAUAGUAAUAAUAGUUAUAGUAAUAAUAGUUAUAGUAAUACAUUUAUUGGAGAUGAUAAUGUCGAAAGGUUAAAUUAUAAAAAUUGUGAAAAUAAUAAAAAUGAAUUUAUAAAAAAAAAAGAAUGUGAUUAUGAGAGAAGUAAUUUUUGUAAUUCUUUAUUUAGUAAUAGACUUGAUAUAAAAAAUAAACAUAAGAAACAUAUCGUAUAUGCAGGAACAAAUAUAUUAAUGACUAAAAAUGAAAAUAAUAAAUUUAAUGGUAAGAAGUUACCAGUGAAUGGUUGUUUAGGUAUAGUUUUAAGAAGUGGAUUUUCUACAUAUCAAGGUAAAUUAGUACGUACUAUAAUAAAUACAUCUGAGAAAGUAAAUUCAUCAAGUAUUGAUUCUAUAAUUUUCCUUAUGAUAUUAUUAUUAUUUUCUAUAUGUUCAAGUGGAUAUGUUGUAUAUAGUGUAUUAAAAACAAAUGAAGAAAGAAACUUAUAUAAAUUAUUAUUAUCCGUAUCACAUAUUAUAACAGCUGUUAUACCUCCAGAAUUUCCCAUAACUCUUUCGCUAGCAGUAACUAUAUCUAUUGUAUAUUUAUACAAUAUGAAGAUUUAUUGUACUGAGCCUUUUAGAUUACCUUUUUCGGGAAAGACCAAUAUAUGUGCUUUUGACAAAACAGGAACAUUAACAGAAGAUAAUAUGAUAGUCUUAGGUUUAUUUGGAUUAGAUGGUAAUUUAAAACGAAUAAAUGAAAUUAAUGAAUCCAUAAUAAAUAAACAGAAAAUACCUUUUUUUUCUUUAUCUGUAAUAGCUGGUUGUCAUUCUAUAUGUACAUUAAAUAACAAAUUAUUAGGUGAUCCUUUAGAAAAAAAUUCUUUUCUAAAAUUAAAAUGUGUGAUGAAAAGUUUGAACCAUACAUAUGUAUAUACAAAUAAUAAUAAUAAAAUUAACAAUAAUAAUAAUAUUAACAAUAAUAAUAAUAAUAUUGUGGAUAAAAAAUUUGAAAAAAAGAAUGAGAAAAAAAUAAAAAAUCAAUCCUUAGAAAAUUUCCAAAUCGUCAAAAGAUUCUUUUUUUCGUCAGAGUUACAAAGAAUGACAUGCAUUAUAUUGCAUGAGGGUUCUCAACACGAUUGGUAUGGGGACGAAUACGAAACGGAUACUUGUGAUUCGGACGAACAAAAUGAAGAAGAGUAUAAAAAUACAAAACAGCAUGUAUUACAUAAUAAUGGACAUGAGAUCUAUAAGUCUACUCCUUAUAAAGAAAGUGCUGAGAUGUUAAGAAAAUUAAAAAGAAAAAAUAAUAAUGAAUAUGAUACUCAAAGUGAUGAUGAUGCUGAUCAGAAUUAUGAUCUACCUAAUAAUGAUAUACAUCAUAACGAUAUUUGUUAUAAGCAGACGGAGAAGCAAAAGAAAAAGAAAAAGAAAAUUAAAAAUAUUCUUUUUGUUAAAAAAAAGAAAGAAACUAACGAUAAAGUUGUAAAACAAUAUUUAGUUGUAAGCAAAGGUUCUCCUGAAAUAAUGAAAAGGUUUUUAAAAAAAGUACCAGAACAUUAUGAUGAGGUAUUAAAUAGUUUAUCCAUAAAAGGAUAUCGUGUUUUAUGUUUAGCUGUAAAUGUUUUGGAUAAUAAUAUGUAUAAAGAAAAUAUUUCAAGGGAAGAGGUUGAAAAAGAUUUAUAUUUUUGCGGUUUCUUAACAUUUAUAUGUCCCAUAAAAGUUACUACACCUAAUUAUAUAUUACAUAUAAAAAAUGCGGGAAUUAAGAAUAUAAUGAUAACAGGAGAUAAUGCUUUGACAGCUUGUCAGGUUUCUCAAGAUGUUAAUAUUAUACCUAAUGUAACAUGUAAAGAAAUUUUAAUUCUUAAAUUGAAUGAGGUAAUAUCAUAUGACAUCUUAGAAGAAAAAAGAACAAACGUGAUACAUAUGAUGACGAUUCAUAAUAAUCAUAGAUGUGAUACGCAUGAGAGUGAGGAUGUGUGUAAAAAUAAUAUGAAUUCUGUUGUAAAGGAUUUAAGAUAUGAUAAUGGAAUUUUAAAGAAUGAAGACAUUAAAGAUUGCAUUGAAUUUUUAACAUGUUUAAAAAAUAAAGAAACGAGUGUUAUAUUAAAGAACCAUGUAGAGAAUCUCAUAAGAAUAAUAGAAGUUAAUUAUAAUAAGUGUAGUAAUAUAUUAUAUUUUAUGAAUAGAGAAAACAAGAAAAUAUUACCAUUUAUUCAUAAUAUAGACUAUAUUAAGGUAUGUAGUGAAAUAUUUUCGUUGUGUAUAACAGGAGAUAUAAUUGAUUAUUUCUUGGAAGUGUAUAAAAAUAAUUUACAUAUAUUUAAUGAGCUUAUAAGAGGUGUGCAUAUAUUUUGUAGGAUGUCUCCGAAAAAUAAAGAAAUAAUAAUUAAAACGUUAAAUAAGAUUGGUUAUAUUACUAUUAUGUGUGGUGAUGGGACAAACGACAUGGCUGCUUUGAAGGCAGCGCAUGUAGGUGUAUCUUUAUUAAGUAUAAAAAUAAGUUAUAAAAAUAGAGAUGGGAACAAAAGAAGUGUGUUAAAUGAUGAUAGAAAGAGUUUGUUGAAUAAUAAUAAUAAUAAUAUGUAUGGUGAUGGACGUGUAAAAAGUGUAUAUGAUAAUUUAAGAGCUUCUUAUUCAGAAGCAAGAAAUAUAAUAAAUAAUAAUAGUAAUAAUUUAGGAGGUAUAAAUUUUAGACGGUCCUAUGAACAGAUGAAAUUAUAUAAUGAGAAAAAGAAAGAAUUAGAUAAGAUGUUACAAUCAUUGGAUGAUUCUUUACCAUUAAUAAAGUUAGGUGAAGCAAGUAUAGCAUCUCCAUUUACAUAUAAAGGGAAUGAUAUAAAAUGUGUAAAAGAGAUAAUAUCAUGUGGUAGAUGUGCGUUAUCUAAAGUAAUUAUGAUGUAUAAAUUAAUGAUAAUAAAUUCUUUAAUUACAGCAUUUUCUGUAUCCAUAUUAACGUUAGAUGGUGUUAAAUUAAGUGAUGCUCAAACAACUAUUAUAUCAUUAUUAUAUACAUGUUUAAUUGUUUUAAUAUCAAAGACUUCUCCUUUAAAAAACAUUACGAAUUAUUCUCCUCCGAAUUCAUUAUUUAAUUUUAGUGUUAUCAUAUCAUUAUUAUCGCAAAUUAUAAUUCAUUUCUCUAUAUUAAUUUAUGGUUGGAAAUUAGCUUGUGCAUAUCGAGAAAUUAAUUAUAUACCAGAUAUCAAAGGAGAUUUUAUACCAAAUUUAGUAAAUACAUGUAUCUAUUAUUUAAUUUAUUGUAUUAAUUUAUCCAUUUUUUCUUGUAAUUAUGAAGGUCUACCAUUCAUGGUACCUAUUCAUAAAAAUAAAGAAAUUGUUUAUAUUUUUGCAGUCAAUUUUUUUUUUCUCUUUGUUUUAGUUAUGGAUAUAUUCCCUUUCCUAAAUUACUUUUUCUCUCUUGUAUCCUUUCCUAAUAUACGUUUUAAAUUCUUCUUUUUCUUCUUAAUGUUGGUAGAUAUAUUUUUGCCUUACCUAGUUACAAAUCUUUUUAAAUCAUUGAGAUUUUAUAUAUUCCACAAAUAUCAAAUUAAUAUUUAG